GAAAAAUAGUAAAUAUUCUCGAAUGGAUAUUAUUUAUCGCACAAGUAUAAUAUUGUAAAUUGUAAAAUUGUACAGGCAGUAAAAAAAGCUUCAAUAUUCAACAAUGGCUUCUUCUUCAUCGGCAACAAGGAAACGGGCAAAAUCAAUCUCUCGCAAAGCCUCUUUCGUCUUCUUCCUUCUCAUCCUCCUUCAAAUCCCUCUCUUCAGGAUCCCAUGCAGGUUUGGUAUCUGCAAGUCCCCGCUGCAAGUGACAUCCUCUCAGUUGAUUGAAAGUCGAUAUAUUCCCCAAUUUGUGAUGAAGGCCCUUUUGUACCCAGGUGUUGUUGGGAAAGCAAUAUACAAACGGAAACCCCUCCCCAGCUACAGUAGGGUGCUUAAUCUCUAUAAGUUCAAGAAAGCUUCUUCAAGGACCGAUUAUUAUUACCUAGAGGUUCUUGUUGGGAGCUAUUUUGCUGUGGCAGGGGCAUUUCUCGGUCUUGUAGGAUCCUGGAGAUUGAGCCUGUCUGGGAUACUCCUCAUUAUAUGGGGAAUUGCAAAGGAAGCCGUUCUUGGACAACGUGGUAUCAGAGAUCAUUCAUCAGCAUAUAUAUACCCCACAAUGUCAAUUGCUCUGGUAUUAGCCUUCUUUUCUGUCAAAGGCGAUGUCCAAAGACUUAUUCGCUGUUUCACUGGCAAGCGCAAAUUCAAAUACGUGUAGAGAUAUUCAAAGCAAGAAUUAGACGAGGUGAAAACUCUUGAAUUGUUACAAGUUUAAUUUUGUAGAUGAUAUUCCUUUCCGUACAGUAAAUUGGUAUAUAUGACUGGUUUUAGACCAGAAAAGUGUCUGACUUGGCUCUGUAUCCAUCUUUUUGGCGAGGAAACCAAUUUUGUACUUGAAUAUUCGUCGACCAAAAAGUAUUCUUUUGGAACC